AUGUCCAUCGACAAAACAGUCAUGACUAAAGAAGAUAGCGAAGAAUCCAUGCGAUCCAGCCCCGAGAACGAGCAGGCCACCAACGUCCCCGCGAACAGCACUCCCCAGGAACCUCAACAGCCUAAACGCAAGGGAGGCCGAAAACCUAUGAAGAUAUAUGCCACUUCCGAGGAAAGGAAGCAACGCAACCGCCAGGCACAGGCUGCCUUCCGAGAACGCCGAACCGAAUAUAUUAAGCAGCUAGAGGAGACAAUCCAAAUUCAUGAACAAAACCUACACAACCUCCAGACGGCCCACCGAAAUGCGGCGGACGAAUGCUUGAUGCUUCGGUAUAAGAACUCCCUUCUGGAGCGCAUUCUUCUUGAGAAAGGCAUUGAUGUUCAAGCCGAACUUUGCGCCAAGACGGCAAGCCCCAACCUUGGCCCGACUCAUGUCCCGCAAACUCUUGCGCAGCCUCCCCCAAUCCAACGGGCCAUUAUGAACCGCCAUCACCAAUCUCGACGAUCUAUUUCGAGCAUUGCACCAAAAGUCGAACCUGGCAUGGGCCAGCUAGCUACACCACCCCAGCCGCCAUCUGUCCUCUCACCCAAAAACCGACACACGCCUCCUUCGCAUACGAACUCCCCCACGAGUUCAGCACCCACCUUCGGUAGCCAGCCAGCCUUGUCUCCGCCCGCAUCCGAUGUUGGGCCCCUUCGGACUCCCGCCGCCGUACCUCAACACCAAUUGAGCCCUGUCCCCGGACCCGGACCAAUCUCUCCGCCCACUGCCCGGCCGGUUCCUGUCAUGGCUCCGACAUCUGCUGCAGCUAACCCACGUCUGGCAACUGUAUCCACAGCGUCUGCGUCUGUGACUCCCACAACGACACCCGGAACGGUUACCUCGCCAACUGCGGCAUCCGGUUACUACACGACCCCCUCGUUCCAGAACCACAUCGAACAGCUUGAACAAGAAUACGAUGCUCAGGCCGAUAUUAUGGACGAUUCCGAGAUCGACACGCCAAGCGGACCAGGUCCAUAUCCUGCUCCUUUCUCUGACCCUAACCAGACGAUGGCAAUGACCCCCACCUCUCCUGGCCAACCUCGGCAGAUGCCCUCUGGGGCCCAAGCAGUCCAGACCUCCGGAUCGAUGCAGUCCUACGGAAAUCUCACCCAACUCUUAGAGCCGAACCUUGAGUGGGAUCCCUUUGGGCUCAGUGCGAGCAUGGCUUUCCCCAGCCAGUUCUCGUUCGACCAGAGUAAUCUGAGAUAA